AUGAACGCACUUGUCCAGUCUGCCCUGACUGAUGUCGAAUCCAAACUCAAUGCUCUUUUGACUAGCCUCACAACCUCCCCCACUGCUGCGGGAGCCCCUGCAGCAGCUGUCGCCCUGCUCGUUGCGGACGAUGCACUAACCUCCGCCAUUGAAACCCUUCGACAGCACCAAGAAAACCACGCAAGGAUCCUUCGACUGCGAAACGAGGCACAGCAAUUGGAGGACCGAGUCAAGGGUAUCGUCAGGGAUAUCGAAGGAUUCGAGAAAGAGAUCCGCACAGCCUGUGGAGACAACGGUGAUAGCGACAGCGAUUUCGAUUCUGACUCCGAUGACGACCUUGGGGGAAAGAAACCAUUGCUACGGGGAAUCAAAGAGAUUGACUAUAAGUUGCUCUUGGAUUUCGCGCGUCGCAUCAGCAAAUACAACCACGAAGCAGCAGCCGAUGCUGCAACGGGCGCGUUGGAACGGCAGGAACAAGGAAAUGCCCUCGCCGACAAAGAUGUGACGAUGACAGGAACAGAUGGAAAACAACCAACAGAGGGCGCCGAGCCAGUAGCGUCUGUCACCAAAAACGCAACGCAGUGGUUGGACGAGUCCGCGAAUGUUACGCGCCAGGUCUACAUGCUGCCCUACCCGAUGGAGGAACGGAUCCGGAUGGGCUUGAUGGGUCAAAUCCAGCUUACUGCUAGCAACGACCCCGAAAAGGAAGUGGAGCGGUUAUUACGCGAAGCUGAGGGUCUUGGGGCCGCAGAACCGCCAGCACCGGUGGAACCCGCGGAAAGCACGAAACAGGCGGGUGAGGCUGCGAAGGCUGCAGUUCAAGCUGGAUCAUCCGCCGCCGGAAUGUUGCGGGCGCAUGCUUCAGCAUUGGCACCGAAACCAAAACCCAAGGCGAUGCUGGACCUUGAUCUCUACGACCCCGACGAAGAUGAUGAUUGA